AGUAUCCUAAGAGGGAGGAGGUUGGGCCGGGAGGGUCUCCCGGGGCGGGGCGGAGGAGGAGGGAAUGCAAAACAGAGCCUCGUCCCCGGAACCCAAGAAGCAGCAACGCCCCUCACUAUAAAUUCGGAGCUGUCUCCUCGCGGAUGAUUCCUGCUCCUGACAGCCAGAACCCCAGGCACCGAGUGACAGGACGUCUGGACCGGCGUGCCGCCAGCAGCUCUGCCGGGCCGGGGCGGUGAUCGAUGGGGAGCCGCUGGAGCGGACCCAGCGAGUGAGGGCGCACAGCCGGGACGCCGAGGCUGCCGGUGGAGACCCGCACCAGCGCAGCCGGCCCUCGGCGGGACGUGACGCAGCGCCCGGGGCGCGGGUUUGAUAUUUGACAAAUUGAUCUAAAAUGGCCGGGUUUUUAUCUGAUUAACUUGCUGAUGCCAUCCCAGAAGGUCUGCACCAGGUGCAUUUGAUAUAGGGUUUGUGACAAAUUCAACCCAGGAGAUCAAAAUGAUUCUCAAUUCUUCUACUGAAGAUGGUAUUAAAAGAAUCCAAGAUGAUUGUCCCAAAGCUGGAAGGCAUAAUUACAUAUUUGUCAUGAUUCCUACUUUAUACAGUAUCAUCUUUGUGGUAGGAAUAUUUGGAAACAGCUUGGUGGUGAUAGUCAUUUACUUUUACAUGAAACUGAAGACUGUGGCCAGUGUUUUUCUUUUGAAUUUAGCACUGGCUGACUUAUGCUUUUUACUGACUUUGCCACUGUGGGCUGUCUACACCGCUAUGGAAUACCGCUGGCCCUUUGGCAAUUAUCUAUGUAAGAUGGCUUCAGCCAGCGUCAGUUUCAACCUGUAUGCUAGCGUGUUUCUACUCACGUGUCUCAGCAUCGAUCGAUACCUGGCUAUUGUUCACCCAAUGAAGUCCCGCCUUCGACGCACAAUGCUUCUAGCCAAAGUCACCUGCAUCAUCAUUUGGCUGCUGGCGGGCUUAGCCAGUUUGCCAGCUGUAAUCCAUCGAAAUGUAUUUUUCAUCGAGAACACCAAUAUUACAGUUUGUGCUUUCCAUUAUGAGUCCCAAAAUUCAACCCUCCCAAUAGGGCUGGGCCUGACGAAAAAUAUUCUGGGUUUCCUGCUUCCUUUUCUGAUCAUUCUUACAAGUUAUACUCUUAUUUGGAAGGCCCUAAAGAAGGCUUAUGAAAUUCAGAAGAACAAGCCAAGAAAUGAUGAUAUUUUUAAGAUAAUUAUGGCAAUAGUGCUUUUCUUUUUCUUUUCCUGGAUUCCCCACCAAAUAUUCACUUUUCUGGAUGUAUUGAUUCAACUAGGCAUCAUACAUGACUGUAGAAUUGCAGAUAUUGUGGACACUGCCAUGCCCAUCACCAUUUGUAUAGCUUAUUUUAACAAUUGCCUGAAUCCUCUUUUUUAUGGCUUUCUGGGGAAAAAAUUUAAAAAAUAUUUUCUCCAGCUUCUAAAAUACAUUCCCCCAAAAGCCAAAUCCCACUCAAAUCUUUCAACAAAAAUGAGCACGCUUUCCUACCGCCCCUCAGAUAAUGUAAGCUCAUCCACCAAGAAGCCUGCACCAUGUUUUGAGGUUGAGUGACAUGUUGGAAACCUGUCCAUAAAGUAAUUUUUUGAAAGAAGGAGCAAGAGAACAUUCCUCUGAAGCACUUUGCCACCAAAUGAGCAUUAGCUACUUUUCAGAAUUGAGGGAGAAAAUGGAUUAUGUGGACUGAACCAACUUUUCUAAAGCUCUGAACAAAAGCUUUCCUUCCCUUUGCAACAAGACAAAGCAAAGCCACAGUUUGCAUUAGAUAGAUGACAGCUGCUCAAAGAAUAAUGUCAAAAACUCCAUGAAUGUGUUGAUUUGAGAAAUUUUACUGGCAGAAAUGCAGUAUCCCUAGUCUGCUUUCGUCCUGUUCCUUUUUAUUUCCACCUACAGGUAUUUAGAGUGUAUUAAAUUGUUAGAGGAGCAACAGGAGAUCAGAGUUCAAAAUUGUUCUGUCCAAUUUCCAAAAGGCAGGAAAGCUUUUGUGCCUGUUUUUAGCUAUUAGCAACUGUGCCACACUUGCACCUGUUACUGCACAUUUUGUACAAAGAUUUGCUAAGCAGUAGUUGUCAAGUUUCAGAACUUUUUGUGAAAUUCAACCCAUGUCUUAUAGGUUUACACUGCCAAAACAACGCCCAUAAGAUGGCUUAUUUGUAUAAUGGUGUUACUAAAGUCACAUAUAAAAGUUGAACUACUGUAAAAGUGCUGCGCUGGUCCCAAGUGGUAGCGUCUUCCUAGUAUAUUUGUUUGAUUUAAUAUCUGAGAAGUGUAUAUAGUUUGUGGUAAAAAGAUUAUAUAUCAUAAAGUAUACCUUCGUGUAUUUAAAAAAGUUGUAUCCUACAUAUAUAUAUAUAUAUAUCCCUAAAUUGCUGUUAAUUAAAAUCUGGCAAAGUUAUAUUUACUUUAAAAUAAAAUAAUUUUAUUGCAA